AUGCUGUGGAUCCUGUGCCUGGCACUCUGCAGCCUGCUAGCCAGCGCACGAGCUGACCCUGCGGCACUGCUGCGCUUGGGCAUGGACAUCAUGAACCACGAGGUCCAGAGCGCCAUGAAUGAGAGCCACAUCCUGGAGAAGAUGGCAGCCGAGGCGGGCAAGAAGCAGCCAGGCAUGAAGCCUAUCAAAGGCAUCACCAAUUUGAAGGUGAAGGACGUCCAACUGCCUGUCAUCACACUGAACUUUGUACCUGAAGUGGGCAUCUUCCAAUGUGUGUCCACAGGCAUGACCAUCACUGGCAAGAGCUUCAUGGGCGGGAACAUGGAGAUCAUUGUGGUCCUGAACAUCACAGCCACGAACCGGCUUCUGCGGGACGAGGAGACAGGCCUCCCCAUGUUCAAGAGUGAGGGCUGCAAGAUCAUCCUGGUCGAUGUGAAGACCAACCUGCCGAGCAAUAUGCUGCCCAAGGUGGUCAACAAGUUCCUGGAUAGCACUCUGCACAAGGUCCUCCCUGGCCUGAUGUGUCCAGCCAUCGAUGCGGUCCUGGCGUAUGUGAAUAGGAAGUGGACACACCUGAACGACCCCAUGCCCGUGGGCCAGACAGGCACUGUCAAAUACGCCCUGGCGUCCACACCGACCACCACGGCCAGCUACAUCCAAGUGGACUUGAGCCCUGUGGUGCGGCAGCAAAAGGGCAAAACCAUGAAACUCGCGGGGGCUGGGGAGGCCCUGGCCUUCCCCGAGGGCCGCGCUGAAGGCUCCUCGCAGCUGCUGCUCUCAGCCACACUCCUGUCCACGGAGCUCACCCUGCUGCAGGAGGCCUUUGACCUGACUACCCAGGACUCGACGAUUGGUGAACUGCCCCCACAAACCACCGAGACUCUGGCCGGUUUCCUUCCCCAAGUAGCCAAGGCCUACCCCAAGUCGAAGCCCCUGGUGACCCGGCUCAGGAUAAACAGGCCUCCCAAGGUGACCAUGGAGGCAGGCGAGAGCCUGCUGCAUCUGCACGGCACCCUGGAGAUGCUGGCGGCUCCACGGCGGGGCAGGGUGCCCCUCUUUCUUCUGGAAGUGCACUUCAACCUGAAAGUCCAGUACUCAGUGCGUGAGAACCGGCUACAGGUGGCCACCUCUCUGGACAGGUUGCUGAGCCUAUCCCGGAAGUCCUCCAAGAUUGGUGACUUCAAUGAGCAGGCGUUAACGGGCCUCAUCACGGAUUAUCUCCGAGAAGCCUACAUCCCGGCUGUCAAUGAUGUGCUCCAAGUUGGGCUCCCACUCCCGGACUUUCUGGCCAUGAAUUACAACCUGGCUGAGCUGGACAUCGUGGAGAACGCCCUGGUGCUGGACCUGAAGCUGGACUGA